ACGACCAUAACCUCGGAACGCGAGGACGCGCGGUUAACUGUUUGUCCGAUGAACACUUGCGAGUGGAACAUCAAAUGCACCGUAGUAUAGUUGACGGAAUUUACAGAAUUUGACGUUCAGGACAUCUCUCAGUCAACAUCGACUAAAACGAAGACGCAAGGCGAGCCGGCUGUUGCAUCAAAAGUCAACGAGACCUCUCACCGUCCCACCCUCAUUAAACUUUGGAAAACGAGGGUCUCCUUCAAACUCUGAACCCAGCCGGCACAUCAUAAAGUGAAACACGGACACCACACAGCCCACGGCUCCACACUUGCCUACGGUUGCCCCCCCCCCCCCCCCCCAGCCAAGCAAGGAAGCUUCAAGUCCAGGCAGUUACCGCCCUAGUGCUCUUACAAGCUGCAUAGUGCAUCGAAGAGCAGAGGGUUGGAAGACGGUGGUGAAGGCAAAAGUGGACCAGCUGUAGUAUGUCGAAAACCGAAAAAGUUUACAGAUAUGGAGAGCGCGGUUCCGGUACCAAGACAAAGAGUGGGAGACCUCAAUAUUACGAGAAGAUCCUGCGUAAGUGCUUGGACGGAAAGAGGCUCUUCGAGGACCCUCAGUUUCCCUGCCAAGAUUCCAGCAUCUGCAUUGAGAAGCACGAAGGAGAGAUUGUUUGGAAGAGGCCCCAUGACAUUGUGGAGGAGCCACAGUUCUUCGUGGAGGGCAUCAGCAAGGACGAUGUUCGCCAAAUGAACGUUGGUAACUGCUGGUUCGUUGCCGCACUGGCGUCACUGACGCAGCGCAAGGGGUUGUUCGACCGUGUUGUGCCUCGGGGCCAGAGCUUUGAAGAGGGCUUGUAUGCGGGCGUGUUUCACUUUGUUUUCUGGAAGGACAACCGUUGGGUGGACGUCGUCAUUGACGAUAGGCUGCCGAUGUUGAACGGAGGAGAAGGCUACCUGAGUAUCAAGUCCGGCGACGACAAUGAGUUCUGGAGCUCCUUGGUGGAGAAGGCGUAUGCCAAGUUAAACGGAUCGUAUGGAGCAUUGGAAGGAGGCACAGGCACGGAAGCACUGACAGAUUUCACCGGUGGAAUCCCUGAACAGAUCCUUGCGAUUCCGCUACCCAAGAACACCUGGCGCAUCAUGAAGAGAGCCUUCGAAAGAAAGUCCAUAAUGACAGCCUCCUUCGUGAAACAGGCAGGAGGAGAUGACGAUGACCAGGUCACAGAAGGUGGAGAGGUCACAGAAAUUGAACAGGAUGACGGUCUUUUCGCUAAUCACGAGUACAGCGUCACAGGCGUAACUCAGUUCAGAUUAGAAGACACAGAAGAGUUAGUGAGACUGGUUCGCCUUCGCAACCCAUGGGGUCAAAGUGAAUAUACUGGGCCCUGGAGCGACGUUUCGGAGGAGUGGAAUAAAGUUUCACCGGCCAAGCUUGAGGAAUUGGGCGUAACUGUCCGAGACGACGGAGAGUUCUGGAUUGAAACGGAAUAUUUCCUGAAGCGCUUUAUGAUGGUGGACAUGUGUCACCUGAAGCCCGGAUGUGUCGAGAGAGACCCUCACACAAAGCGUUGGGAAACAGCAACCUUCGAAGGAAGCUGGGUGACAGGAGUCAGCGCGGGAGGGUCCGACAUCGAAAACGACAAAUACGGCACUAACCCUCAGUACCUGGUAACUCUUCGAGAGCCCGACAGUGAAGACCAGGAUGGAGAAUGUUCUAUGCUGGUGUCCCUGAGACAAAAGACCGAGCGAGGAGAAAGUUGGACACCCAUCGGAUUUGCUAUUUAUGAGGUAGAAGACCCAGAAUCUUGUGAGAAACCUCUACCUGUUGAGUACCUGCGUGACCAUACCUCCGUCGAGGUGGUCGAACUUGGGCCAUGUCGAGACUUGACCAAGCGGCUUCGCGUUUUGCCGGCGACAUACUGCAUUGUGCCAUACACGGAAGAUGCUGACACCGACUGUGAUUUCCUGUUGCGUGUGUUCACUGAACAAAAGAGCGAGUCCAGAGAAUGUGAUGGUAAUAAUGCAUGCGUUCCUCAGCCAUUGGAAACCCAAGAAGAAGGCAACACAGAGGAGGAAGAAAUCCCGGAGUAUGUCAUUGAGAUCAGAAAAGAAAUUGUAGGCGAGAAGGAAGCAGCGAGUCCGGGUGAUCUUCGCCUGAUGCUAAACAAAAUCUUCGAAGAAGAGGGCCUACAGGUAGACUUUCCCCUGGAUGUGUGUCGAACGAUGGUGGCUCUUUUCGACAAAAACUUGACAGGGCAUCUGGACGAGAACGAAUUUGCGGCGCUCUACGUGUAUCUCAAGAAAUGUCAGCGAGCAUAUCAGAGGUACGACGAAAGCUGCACUGGUUUCUUGACCACCUACCAGCUGAGGAACGCUCUACGACUAGCAGGUUGUUACGUUAACUUGCACGUGCUCAAGGCCCUCGUAAUGCGCUACGGUCGCCGUAACCGGACCCGCUUUGUGGAUUUCAUGGCCUGCGCUGUAAAGGUCGCUUGCAUGGAAGAAAUUUAUUCCGAACAUGCGGACGAAGACGGCAACGUCGUGCUUUCAUUGAAUGAGUGGAUGAAGGCGACCAUGUACUGCUGAAUGACUGCUGCCAAGAGGACACGUUGCUUCGAAGCUCGAACAUGGAGAGUUAGGUCUUUUAUAACGUCCCUAAUCUGUAUUCAUAACAACAAAUAGUAAUUCCUGUCCGUUCUCUCUGAGAAAGUUCAAGAGAAUGUGUAUUUUCACUUAAAAUCGACAACGAACUCUAAUGCUGGGGUCAAAGGAGUAACAGCACACGACACAAGACACGCACUGACAAUUACCCUGUCUCGUUGUCUAGCCCUCUGUUGUUUGUCCUUUGAUCUCUGGUCUGGAUGUUAAAGGAGUUCUGCACAGAGAGACCAAAACUUUUCUAAUGUUGGGUGUAUAAUACUUGAACUCAAAUCUCGCCCGCCACUAUUGGUUUCUGUGGAUGUUACAGAACACUGGUAAUUAACUGCGUUUAACUGUUCGGUUUCGGUUUCGCCGUUUUAAAAGAAGCGCCAUUUUCGUGUGUAAUACGACGUCGCACCUCCAUGCCAGCCGUCAGGCGUGCGCCUUUCCGAAGUGGGGGUAUAGUCGGUUUCAUCCAAAGUGAGCCGGACUGCAAGGUCAUUUCGCAGGAGAAUGCAGCUAGUCGAAGUCGCAGCGGAGCCAAAUAGCCGGUUGUGGCCGAAUGCGAAGACGCGAAGGCGGCAGCUUCCGUUCGUGCGGAACAGGUUGCCAACAGCGGAGAGCCAGCAAGUUUUUACAUACUUGGGAAUGUUUUACGAAUAUGUUUCCGUCUACUAACUAACUACUAACUUUAUAGGGUCAUUCUCCUACGGGGACUUUAUGAGAUGCAUGAAACAGCAGCAGUGUUUUUCGGACUGUGCUGAACACCUUAAAUCAAUUUUUGGCAGUAAUCACCUAACCUGUAUAAAACAGCGCAAUUUCAAAUGCUUGUUUUUAAUCCUAUAUUGAUACCUUGUUCUCUUUUCUUCAAUCUCUAUAUGUUCGAAAAACGCUUUAGUUUAGUUAAAUAGUUCCUGGAAAGGGGGGCCGAAUAAGUUUCCUACGCUGGGCCUUGCUUCCUGUGCACUGCGACAAACGAUAUAAUCGUGUGCGCCCCUUGGCAUGAGGCUCACUAGAUGCUACGAGACAAGCCCAUUAUAAAAUAAAAAAUAAAACAGAUGAAUAAAGAAAAUCAACAGCUGUAUUUGUUAUCCUCCAUACGUUUUUUGUAUGCUUACACAGCAAUAAACGAAGCAUAAGAUGGA